AUAUUAUAUAUAAGUGCAUAGCAAGAACAUAAUUUGCACGGUUCUGUUAAGAAAACAAAAUGGAGCAUAACAAAAUCAUUUUAGUAACCAUAAUCUCAUUCAUGUUUUUGUUUCAAAACAUUCAAGGGUGGGGAACUGAUGGACAUGCCAUUACUUGUAAGAUAGCUCAGUCUCGCCUCAGCGAUACAGCAGCGGCGGCUGUGAAAAAAUUGCUGCCAGAUUAUGCACAAAAUGACUUGUCAAGUGUGUGCUCAUGGGCUGAUCGUGUCAAAUUUUAUCUUAAAUGGUCUUCUGCUUUGCACUUUGCUGAUACCCCUCCUAAGCUUUGCACUUUCCAAUAUGACAGGGAUUGCAAGGAUCUGAAUGGAGUGAAAGAUAGAUGUGUUGUGGGAGCGAUUAACAAUUACACCACUCAGCUUCUUGACUAUGGCAAAGACACUAAAUAUAACCUCACGCAAGCACUUCUUUUCCUUUCUCAUUUUAUGGGAGAUGUCCAUCAGCCUCUACAUACGGGGUUUACCACAGAUAAGGGAGGAAAUUUAAUUGAUGUUCAUUGGUUCACAAGGAAACAAAAUCUCCACCAUGUUUGGGAUGCUAACAUAAUUGAGACAGCAGAAGAAAGAUUCUAUGACACUAACAUAGAUAAAUACAUCAGUGCUAUUCAGGAGAAUAUCACGAAAACAUGGUCGGAUGAGGUAGCAGGAUGGGAAGCUUGCAGUUCUAACAAGACCACAUGCCCCGACAUAUAUGCAUCUGAAGGUAUUAAGGCAGCAUGUCAAUGGGCAUAUAAAGAUGCCCCUGAAGAUUCUGUACUAGAAGAUGAUUACUUCCUAUCACGUUUGCCAAUAGUCAGUUUGCGAUUAGCUGAAGGAGGAGUUCGAUUGGCAGCAACCCUCAAUCGUAUUUUUCAGUGAUGCAACAUGUUCUGAUGUAAUUUGUUGAAUUAUUAUAAAUAACAUGUGAUUGGUUUGAAUUAUGAUAACUGAAACAGAAUAAAGUUUCUGACUUUCUGUAGUACCCUGUGGAGGUUAUCUAUCUUGUAGUUUACCAAAUUAUUGUCAUUAAGAGCGUUAUUUGAUUCAACACACGAUGCUUAACUCA